AGCGAAACGUCAACCUGGACGUGAAGGCUGCGUACGUAGGCUGUGACCAAAAAUUUCCGUAGACAAAAUUUUAAUCUCUUGUGCAAAGAUCAUAAAAAUACCUUUUGCAUUGGUACCAAAGUUUGCAAAAUUGUGUGAAUUUAGUGAAUCAUUAUGAUUGUCUGCUGCGCCGACUAGCAUGUUUCUAAGAUCAUCGAUUUGAGCAUCCGCGUAAUGUGGCGCAAUGUCAUUACCAUCGUCUGCAGCUGAAAGUGCAAUAACACCCGGAGCCGAAAAGAUAUCGCAACAAAGCAAACGAACAGGUAGCUUCUACCACCACCAACAGCAGCAGCCUGCACAACAACCAAUUACGCUAAUUUUGCCCACUAGCGGAAAAUUGUUCUACGAAAAGAAGCAGGACUUUGUCCUGUGCAAGCCACAGCUUCUACCGCUGAAGUCGUUCAGCCUGGAGAAGUUGGAAAAGAUGCAAAAGGAAGCCCACCGGCAGCUACAGGAGACCCGAGCCCGUACUGCUGCCGCUGCUAGCGAUCAUUUCUAG